ACACGAGCUGCGCGGCCCCGACAACGAUCCUCUCUAAAGCGGAGACUCAGUGAGACUCGGAAAACUUCUGAGCGCAGGCAGGCAGGAGUCUGGCAAUCCAGGGGACAGGGAAAAAGCUUCGGCAUCAGCGCAAAAAUAAGCUCACGUUACAACGGUCCUGUUAACGCAGUCGAGCUGAAUCCCGGCAAUCAUGGACGAUUUAGACGCCUUGCUGGCAGACUUGGAAUCUACCACCUCGCACAUUUCCAAGCGCCCAGUCUUCCUCCCCGACGAGACGCCGUACUCGUACCCGACGGGCGGCCCCACCUAUCAGGAGUUCCACGUACCGCCGCCGGUGCCCCCUCCGCCGUCUGCCGAUGCCCUGAACGGCACCGUGCUGGAACCCUCAGGCUCGCACCGCUCGUCCGUGCAGUCCGUUGGCUCUGCCCAGAAGACCACCUGGUCCCGGGACAGCAGCUCCCCUCAGUCUCACAGCGAGGAAGACCACGUCUACAGUUUCCCCAACAAGCAGAAGGGUUCAGACUCGGGCGUGAUGAGCUCAUCGCUGGGCAGCAACCUGUCGGAACUGGAUCGCCUGCUGCUAGAGCUCAACGCUGUGCAGCAUGGCGCCCCCUGCUUCCCGACUGAAGAGGAGCCUGUCCCGCCCCUGCUGUCUGGGGCCACCACCCACUAUGGGAAGGAGAAUGGGGUCUCGGUGGCAGCCAAGGCACCCCCACCUGCUGUGGAGAAGCCCAAGCGUCGGGUGGUGGAGGACGUGCGCCCCAGCGUGGAGAACCUUCUCGACCAGCUGGAGAGCUCGGUGCCACGGCCUGUCCCCGCCCCCUCUGCGGCCCAGAGCGUCCUGGACGACGCGCAGGAAUCGUCCGCAGCUGAACAGCAGAGCCGCAUCUCUGCCUCGUCUGCCACGCGGGAGCUGGACGAGCUCAUGGCCUCACUGUCGGACUUCAAGGUCCAGAGCAAUAUCAUGGCCCAGGGCAAAAGCGCCCCCCCCCCUAGUGGCCCCAUCAAGCAGGUGAACAAGCUGGACAACAUGCUGGGCAGCCUGCAGUCAGACCUGAACCGGCUGGGUGUGCAGACGGUGGCCAAGGGCGUGUGCGGUGCAUGCAAGAAGCCCAUCGCCGGCCAGGUUGUCACGGCGAUGGGCCGGACAUGGCACCCAGAGCACUUCGUGUGCACGCACUGUCAAGAGGAGAUCGGCUCCCGCAACUUCUUCGAGCGAGACGGGCAGCCCUUCUGCGAGAAGGACUACCACGACCUUUUCUCGCCACGCUGCUACUACUGCAACGGUCCCAUCCUGGACAAAGUAGUGACUGCACUGGAUCGGACCUGGCACCCGGAGCACUUCUUCUGUGCGCAGUGUGGAUCGUUCUUCGGGCCCGAGGGCUUCCAUGAGAAGGACGGAAAGGCAUUCUGCCGCAAGGACUACUUCGACAUGUUUGCACCCAAGUGUGGAGGGUGUGCCCGGGCCAUCUUGGAGAACUACAUCUCUGCCCUCAAUGCCCUUUGGCACCCGGAGUGUUUCGUCUGCAGGGAGUGCUUCACCCCCUUCGUGAAUGGCAGCUUCUUCGAGCACGAGGGCCAGCCGUACUGCGAAUCGCACUACCACGAGCGGCGCGGCUCGCUCUGCUCCGGCUGCCAGAAGCCAAUCACGGGCCGCUGCAUCACCGCCAUGGGCAGGAAGUUCCACCCCGAGCACUUCGUCUGCGCCUUCUGCCUCAAGCAGCUCAACAAAGGCACCUUCAAGGAGCAGAACGACAAGCCCUACUGUCAGACCUGCUUUAUCAAGCUCUUCAGCUAGGGGGCGGAUGCGUGCAUGUGCGCGUGCAGGAGGAACGGCAGUUCCGGUCACUCUUCCAAGAGUUAUUGUGUCAUGGUACACUGGGAUAAGGAGGGUUAGGCUGUCGGCUGGUAUUUGGGGGCUGGAGGUCCCACCUGUCUUUUACCACUUGUGUUCCAUGGAAGGUUCAGGAAAGCAGGAGUAUGUUUGUUUUUUUUUUUUCUAAAUUGAUGGGGGAAAAUGUUUUAGCGCUUGCGAGG